AUGUGUCCGACAGACUCAGCCCAUCAAGCUCAUAGUUCAAUGACGGAAUCAUCAAGAACCCGGAGUGAUUCUCUGGAGGCGUCAAGCUCACAACAAGAGAGGAAGCGUCCGCGGCUAGACUCUGGCCACGACGACAGCCUUCGAUCAGAGGAAGCCUUGACAGACUCUGAUUUUCCAGAAACUGCCCAGGCACUAGAUUCACCCGUCAAGGAAGUGACUGGUGGUGCUUGCCCCACGAACUCAUCGUCUCCUUCCCCUUCCACCAUGGAGCCUUCCUCGAACGGACCUCUGAGUAAGGUCACUAUCAACACUCGCUCCGCUGCAAACAAUGCCAGUGAUGGGGCAAACAGCUCCAUCGAUCAGUUGGAAGGCACCUCAACUGGACAAAAAUCACCUAUUGCAACUAGCACUACCCCUGUGGAAUCAGUAAGCAGCCCCAAUAUGGGCGGGUUACCUCCUGAAACCAUAACUAUCCAUUCUUCGCCAAGCCAAAGUCCAGAAAUUCAGAUUGCGGUCGUCGAAGAUAUCGAUCAAGACCCGGCAGAGACAAAUUGGACCCCUGUUACGAGACUCAACAAUAGUGUCCUCCUUCAUCAACAGGCCACUCCUCACUAUGUUAGCAGAACGUUUCCAUAUGCACAACGGACGCCCGCAGGCUACACACACGAAGUUCUCACCGAGAUGGGCAGGACUUUUGUACAAGGUGGGGAGAGAGAUGGGCUCAUCUUCAUUGAGUUUAAGGACUGGCUGCUCAACUUUCUUGAAGCCUAUCCACAGAUUACCCAGAGAUUAGUGUAUGAGGAGAAGGCCUUUUGGGAAGAACUCCCCGACGCUGUGAAUUGUCUUUUGCGACGAUUGGUUGACGUUCCUCCCGAAGCACGCAUUGCUGACCUGGAGGAAUUCUUUGUCGCGUAUGGUCAGCUCACAAUCCGAUUUCUAGAACUCGACAUCCAGUUGAUGAAUCACUGCCUUGCUUCUGGUACAACCGAAAAGAUUUCGGAACUCUCCUCUAGGCACUACCUGCCUACCCUAGCUCUAGCUCUACAGUACAGAGAAGUCCCGUUCUACACGUCGCUCCACACGAAUCGUGGUUUCAACAUUACUGAACUUGUCUCCACAAUAUGCGACCGGUUGUCCAGCGGCUCGGACGGCCUCCUGCCUAUGUUGACCGUGUUCGUUGAUAGGCUUGGCCAGGUAUUGCCUAGGAAACCCGGAUUUACCACUGUCUUCGUCCAGGCUCUGGCGGUGGCCAAUGCACUGGCUCGAUCUGGCACAGAGCGCGUGUUGUUGCAAGGCGGAGAGCGGUCAGCUCGCUCACCCGUGAUUGAAAAGAUCAACCAGCAGGUGCUUCUAUUUUGUACUAAAGCGGAUGAGCUUUUGCAAAGCGCCAUCUCAAAACAGUCUCCAUGGUUGACAAUAGAAAAUAGUCCCGAUAUCUUGCGUUUCCUGUCACGGGCGUUUCAUGCUGUAUCGGAACAAGAUUCCGAUAUUGCCACCCAGCUGAUAACCUAUGCCUGUGACCGACACCCUGAGGCCGGGCAGAAAGAGCUGCCCGAGAUCAUUGCCUACGCUUGGAAGUUCAGGACCUUACGCAAGUACAUCACCGCCGGACGCAUGGAACUGAGAGUAUAUGGCAUGGACUCGAUGCAGGUCGAUCUGGUCCAGGUUUGGAAGUGCUAUACACAAUACAAUCCCAACAGUCUUAGCGUACCGCUGGUUAGAUACCUGGUCCAGUUCCUUCGGGACACGAGAAUGGUCCAGUAUAUUGUCGGCAUCGACUCUCAUCCUCAACUCAUCACCCGAAGCCCCAACGUUGUUGGAUUUCUUGUGGUGACGGGAACCUAUUGCGACGAGGACUCCGAUAUUAUUUGGCGCACCGUUGAGGAAAGUCAGGAUCCGAGAACUGUCUCGGAGGUUCUCAAUAUGCUGAGAGGCAUCUUUCAUAUGCAGAGCCUUCCCACACUGAUUUAUCUUUGCCACAAACUGCUGCAGUUACCAGUCGAGCGAUAUGACACGAAAAUGAUUGAAUACGCAGGUGCUCUACUACACCACAUCCGUGAGAAUGCUCUCUCUCGAGCUCAGCAAGAAGAGCAUCUUGAGGCAGUCCCUUUCAAGGUCUGUGUGAGGCUGAUUAGGGAUGUCAUCGCAUCGAAGGCCUGUUCGCCUGAUCAGAAACGCAAUCUGCAGAGCUGGGCUGCGGACAAUUUAGUCCGCUUGCUUGCCUUCAAUAUUGACAUCGAAGAUAAACGACGUCUCUGGGAGCAAUGCGUUCGAGACAUCGCGCAGAGGACUCAAUUCGCGAUGGGGAGCAUGCGAGCGCUUCAGGCUUGGCUUGAGGUUCGUCCGGACGUCGAAGUCCCUAAACUGACCAGUGAUUUUGACUUCACACGGUUGCUCAUUGAGGAGCUAGUGGGUUGUUUUGCUCAAAGCCAAGCUGAAGAUUCGACGAGCACCUUCUUGCAGAUACUCCUGCCCACCCAGCUAUACCUACUGGCUCUCGUUGCGCAAUAUGCACCCGAUACUAUCACUGAAGAAUUGACGGAGAAGCUGUGGUGUGACGUCUUAGCAUCCCGGACAGUCGAUAGUAAUCUAAGAGAUAUGGCAUGGGAUGUCUUCAGCAAGGCGGCGACGUGCUGUCCUAAGCCAAAUUCUAUCAUCGAGAGAUUAAUGACGGAUUACCUACCACGAAUGGAUGCAUCAAGCCUUAAUGAGAGACUUCUGCAUUUUGCGGAAAAUUCUGUGUUAUAUGAAUUGCAGAUGAAUCGGCCACGAGAGCAGCAAGAUCAAAACGUCGUUUCGCUACCUGGGAUCAAUCGCGUCUGGCGCUUUGUCAUGGAAAGUCCCACGGAAAGCGUGGUAAAUGAAGCCACGAACUGGGUCAUCAAGCAAUACUUGGAUCACGAUGUUGUGCUGCGAUGUCCACGUCGAGUUGUGGAGGCUACACAUCUGUCUUUACUGGAGCGUUGUCUUUCCGAAGUAUUCUCUGCUGCUUCGAAGCUGAAGUCAUAUAGCGACGGAACUACUAGUGGAGAGGACGAGCCCAUGGUUGUGGUCGCUCCUGAAGAAGAGGUCCGAGCCGAAGAACUACGUUUCAUCCGCUCCCUUCUUUUCAUGCGGCAAUUCCUUCUAGGCGUCAAGUGUCGACCUCGGUACAGCCCGCCACUUUCUAUUCAAUCGCGACUACCUAAAAAGCCCUUUGAAGAUCGGGGCGAAGAGGUUACAAUAAAAUAUGAGGUCGGCUCAAUUCCUGGGCGCAGUACCUCAUCUGUGCAGAAGAAGCUUGUGAUUGGCGACCAGAACACAGUUGAUGAGCUAGCGAUUUAUCUCAGCGACUUGACCGGGUUCAGUGAAUUCACUGGAGUCUCUCGUGGCCAGAUAAUAAGUUUGAGGGGUAAUCAGACCACCAUUAAAGACUCGAUGGUCAGUGUUGGCCUCCUAUUGGUCCAAAAAGUACCAGACACGCCAGAAAAACUACCGGCGUCGAGCAAUCCCUCGACCUCAUCCAUGGAUGCUCACGUCAUGGACUAUUUCGACAAGUUCUACGAUCUCCUCGAUUUAGAAGACCAUCUGUCAAGAGAAGUGUAUGCUUUUCUGGAACUAUUUCCUCCACAGCCACGCAUCAUAGAAAUCGUCAGAGCGAGAACGGCUUCUGUCCCGCAGUUACUGCCUAUAGGAAAGCCGUACAAGCUGCUAUACGGUUUGAACGCCUUGCGUGUCUGUGUCGAGGAUGAAGCGCUCGGAACGGCGCCUGAUGAAGACUUCCUAACUUUCGCGACCGGCUCGAUUAUCUCUGUUCUGAAACGGCCCGACAUGAAAGACCCCAACAAAAUGCAGCGACUUCAAGUAAAUCAUGCCUUAAUCGAUUGCUUGCUACUAGCUUUACGGGCUCGCGUGUCCACUACGACCUCGCAAGCAUAUUUCUCCAAUGCCACCGGCUUGUCUAACUACCUUGUCGACUUGAUCUUCGAGGCUGUAGAUACUUGCCACAUUGAAUCGUCGAGUGUCCCAGUUCAGACGCUCGUCCGACAGCCCUUUGCAGUGCUUAUUGAAAGUGCUCUGCAUGAUUCCCAAAUGGAGUUCGAACUAUCCUCGAACAGUCGUGUUAGUUCCUUAAUCCAACGUACACUACUCGUCGACAAGCGUGCCGAAGUCCGGAAGGCUGCUGCAGAUGUUUGGUUUGGCUUAACAGGGCAGCCUGUCACCAAGCUUAUUUUUUACAAAUCCUCUGACGCAAGAUCGCCCCGCUCUCGCUUCUCAGCAGAGAAAAUUGAAGCAUGCUUAACCAUUCUUUGGAAAUCAUUGGUGGAGACACUACCAAGCUGCUACUCAUAUCCAUCCACUUCCCAGCAGUUAUUCGAUGUUUCAUUAGCCGUUUUACGUGUCAUUGGGAAGUCAAUGGCUUCCACUGAACUCGUUGCUUGCUUUCAGCAAUGGGGAAAUCUGCUCAUUUCUUAUGACCAUCAAGAGAUUGUUGGAAAGCCACAAGAUGACUACGUUGUGUCGGGCUUCUGCGACCUCCUUCAGCAGGUCUUUCGCUCCAUACAGACCUUGCAAUCGGACAUCGCCACCAGCCACAUUGCUGAAUCAGUUUUUGACACUUUUCUCUUCCCUGCUACUACAUCAAAGGCAACAAGCGACUUAUCCCAGCGCGUCCCCUUGCUCAAAGCUAGCACAAGAGAGGACUUAUACAGUCUUGUCUUAUCCUUCAUCAGGGACGUAUCUGAAUAUGAUAUCAUCGUUGGGAAGCUUGAUGGAUUGGUCAUAAGAGAAUCUCUUCCUGGCUUUGAGCCUCACAUCCAAAGUGAGCGCCAGGCUCUUCGAUCCGAUAUUGGCUAUGCUGGGUUGCGAAAUCUCUCCAAUACUUGCUAUCUAAACUCCCUCUUUUCUCAGCUCUUCAUGAAUCUAAGGUUCCGUGAGUUCAUCUUCGGUAUAGAUCCCACACAUACUGGCAACUCUGGUCAGCCUCUGGUACGUGAACUGUCUAAGCUUUUCGCAUCCAUGCAGAACCGGUGGGACAAAUAUGUUGACACAACCGAUGUUGUUGCCUGCGUUGAGACUUACGACAAUGAACAAAUUGAUGUUGCGAUUCAAAUGGACGUUGAUGAGUUCUUCAAUCUCCUCUUCGACCGCCUCGAAGGUCAGAUCUCCAACUCUAGGGACAGAAACACAUUCAGGUCACUUUAUGGCGGCCAACUUGUGCAACAAAUCAAAUCGUGUGAAUGCGACCACAUUUCAGAAAGACUUGAGCCCUUUUCUGCGAUUCAAUGUGAGAUUAAGGGCAAGUUGACACUUGAAGAUAGCUUGCGAGCAUACGUGGAAGGCGAAGUAAUGCAAGGAGACAACAAGUAUUCGUGUACUUCCUGCAAUCGACAUGUGGAUGCUGUCAAGCGUGCAUGCCUCAAAGAUAUUCCGGAUCAUCUCAUAUUCAACCUUAAACGAUUUGAUUUCGACAUCACGACGAUGACUCGGUGCAAAGUCAAUGACGAAUUCCGAUUUCCGCAAUCGAUCAAUAUGGCACCAUACAAUGUCGAAUCGCUCAGUGAUCCAGAGAUUCCUGCCUCACCAGAUAUGUUUGAGCUCGUAGGCAUUCUGGUGCAUAGCGGAACUGCCGAGUCUGGUCAUUAUUAUUCUUACAUACGUGAGAGGCCCAGCUCACGUUUUGCGUCUAAUUCCUGGGUUCAGUUCAACGACAUAGAUGUGAGUGCUUUCGAUUCGCAGAGAAUCGCGGAUUGUUGUUACGGAGGUGUGGAACUUGCAUCGACUCUGCAUUUAUCGAAGUCACACAACGCGUACAUGCUAUUCUAUCAACGGGUAGCCAGCAUCAAACAAUUCGAAUUGAUGUACGACAAUCAUGACACCGCCAACCCUGUCAGACUGCCAUUCAGUUCUAUAGUCAAGGCGGACAUAGAUAUUCAAAACCAGAACACGAUACGGUCGUACUGUCUUCAAGAUCCAGGUCACGCACGAUUUGUUCGCUUGAUGCUCGAGCGAAUGCAAGGCCAUACGAGCCAUCCAUGCUCGCAUGACCACGUUACUGAGGACAAGAUGAUCCGCCACGCGCUUGAUUAUAUCCAGCAAAUCUCCUGCCGGUUCAAGGAGAUGCCAGAAUUCGAAGCAUCUUGCAAAUUACUCCAGGACUAUGGGCAGGAGUGCUUGAAUUGCGCCUCACAAAUUGCAUCAUUCUUUGCGAACACAGAUUAUACCAUUUCUGAUGUCCGCAAGGAAAGCGUGCUUCGCAGUGCUGUACUACGCAAUCCCAACACAUCAGUCCGUCGUUCAUUUGCAAACUUGCUAUGUGAGGCGCUUCGGAGUAUGAGAAAGAGAAUCAAUGACCAGAAUAUGGAACCAGACCAACGCGCCGCACGAGAGACGCAAUAUCGCAAUGCUUAUACUUUGUGCGUGGGCAAUCUUGCGGAACCAUGGCCCGACAUGCACAGAUUUGGCAGAGCCUGGAAUGACUACUUUGACCUUCUGUCACGGUUGACCGGCUUUGGCAUCUGGGAGGCAGGUGUCGUUCUGCAGUUUGGAUUUUUGGAAAAGGUAGCCGAAGUCAUCUUGGCCGAUGUUCGCCAUGAUCCCAUGGAUCUCCGGUCCAAAUACGCGUCUUAUGUGAACCUGAGAGAAAAGGGUCGUUUCUUCGGUAUAGCUGGCCUCACAGCUUUGCUGGCCACAAUUCUCGAGUAUGUGCACUUCAAUGGUAGUAGAUACGAAGCGGACAACCAUCGUACUGCCAAUGACGACGGGUUUUACGAGCUCUCAUCAUACGAAAUGCGGCUGCUACGGCCAGCUAGGCUAAAUCAGAAGCAGAAGCCUAGCUUGGAAUGGGUGCGAAGGAUAAUAAUGACGAGGCAAAACCCCAAUGCAGUGACGAAGAUAGUGUGCAGCCUCUUAGAAGAGCCAAAUCUUACACUGCCACUCGAGAAUACACUCGCUUACGGCCUACAGACCGAGCCAGUUGGUGAGGCGAUUGCAUUCUUGGACCCUGCGAUCACUUUCUGCAAGUACUGCAAGCAUUCUAAUCUCGUACCACUGCUGGUGAAGGAUGCGCUCGGCGGAGUUGACAGCAUUGGUGGCACUUAUGGAAAGGAGCACCUCGACUUUAUCAUUGAGCUCGUAGAUUUGGAGAAUGAAGCGGCAGGUCUGACGAAGAAAGAUUUCUUCACCCUAGUGUUCAAAAAUCUGAAGAGCUGGGCGCCAACUCUGUUGCUGUACCCUGACGACAUCCAUUAUGACGUCCGUGGCGAUACGGUCAAUUUCUUGAGAGAGCGGUUGUUUGACCCACCUGAGGAGGAGGGCUUCAACAGUGUGGCCCCCAAUGCCUUGGAAAAGUACGCACGAAGCUUAGCGAGAGCCUGCGUCUACCACAUUCAGCAGAACCAUAUCCCCAGACCUGGAAAGCAGGUAGCAAGAAUCGAAUUGGGACAAGCUAAUCACAUCAACGGCGUUGUUCAGCACAUCUGCGAUCAUUUCUUCACCAGCGGCGAUGCAGCCGAUGACCAAUUUGUAACGGACGCGAUGGCAACCAUAGAACAUUUGCAGGCCUUUACUCAAGAGAUAGCUGAUGCUGCAUCUGAAGACUGGCCAGAAAAUGAUUCGGUACCUGCGUCCGACUCAGACAAUCAGGAUUUCCAAGAAUGGGCGGAGAGUACUUCAUGA